AACUUUCAUCAUGUAUACUGUAGUCAUCAGUGCCGCCCUCCUGGCGUGUGUUGCCGCCGAGGGAAUUCCUAGUUUUCUCAAACCUGGAAAAUGUGCUUCAGUUGCUAAUCAGGAUAACUUCGACCUCAGAAAGUAUGCUGGGCGAUGGUACCAGACCCACGUCAUCGAGAACCCAUACCAGCCAGUAACUCGCUGCGUCCACUCAUACUAUGACUAUUCCGAGAGUGACUACGGCUUCAAGGUGACCACCGCCGGCUUCAACCCCAGCGACGAGUACCUUCAGAUGGACUUCAAGGUCUACCCAACUAAGGAGUUCCCAGCAGCUCACAUGCUCAUUGAUGCUCCCUCGGUGUUUGCUUCACCCUUCGAGGUCAUCGCUACUGACUACGAAACUUACUCCUGCGUCUACUCCUGCAUCAGCACCGAUAACUACAAAGCAGAGUUCGGCUUCGUGUUCUCUCGUACUCCCCAGACCUCAGGACCUGCUGCCGAGAAGUGUGCCGCUGUCUUCAACAAGAACGGUGUUGAGUUCUCCAAGUUUGUGCCUGUCUCCCAGACGGCUGAGUGUAUCUACAGAGCUUAAAUCUCUUGGAAACUUUAACAUGCUAUAAUGAAGAUCAAUUCAUUCUUUCAUUAUAUCAUCAUGUUGCAACAAAAUAAUGAACAAUUAUAGAACUAGAGCGUAAGAGGUGAUCACAUGCUAUUCCCAAGCAACGAGCCCUGAACAUCUUGGUGUGAAAAUGGAAAGAGUUUUUAUUAGACAAUAUACAUAAAUCUGUAUAUAUGUGUAUAUAGUUUGUAUCAAUAUAUAUAAUUUGCGCUAUCGUUAAAAUAUGUCUGAUAAAUUUUCAAUAAAACGAAACUGUCA